UUAAACUAAAACCCUAAGAUUUCCUCAUUACAACUUCGCCUACUUCUAACUUCAUCCUCCCUGAUUCAGUGACUCCCAAGUCCCAAAACUUCCUCCUGAUCUCCUCCCUUCCUCCGCAGGCUGCUAGGCUCCGGUCAUCGCAUCGAGUUUAUCUUUACAGUGAUAAGCUUUUCUGCGUUAUUCUACCAAGCCUUUGUUCGGUGAAAAUGGCCAACAAUAUGUCACCUGAAUUUGCAAAAGAACAGAUUAUGUUCAUGGCUGAGAAGGAGAUGGAGUACAGGGUUGAAUUGUUUAACAAGCUUACUCAGACAUGUUUUCGCAAAUGUGCCGAUAAAAGCUACAAGGAAUCUGAGCUGAACAUGGCCGAAAAUAGUUGCAUCGAUCGCUGUGUUUCAAAGUAUUGGCAGGUGACUAAUCUGGUGGGUCAGUUGCUCGGAACAAACCAGCCUCCUAUGUGAAUAACAGUCACCUUUUUGAAGUGAUUCAUCCCUUUUGCUUUUGAUGAAACAGUGGUAGGAAAACACAAAUGAUUUUUAUGCUCUGAAAAUAAUGCAACUGUUGCCCAACAUUUUGUUUCUUUUGAACAUACUUAUCUAUCGAGUAAUCCACAAUUGUUUUGAGGACUA